AUGCCGACCUCCACCAGCUCUCUACAGGGCCUGGACAACACUGAUGGAGGGGUGUGCAGAGCCACAUCCAUGAAGUUGGUACUGAGAGUAGGGACAGAAGCCUCGUCAACAGAAGGCAGAGCCUCGUCAACAGAAGGCGGAUCCAUCGGCUCUGAGGUCGGACUCUUCGCUGGCGUGGCCUGUUGCAUCGUCCUCCUCCUAUUGGUCAUCGUGGUCCUACUGAUGGUGGUGUGGCGGUACCACAGACGCCACGCCACGCCGGACAGGGACGUCCAACAGUCUCUGUCCCUCAACACCCUGGCCACGCCCAAGAGAGACAGCUACGGAGGGAGUAGCGAGGACAUCCGCUCAGAGCCCAGCCACGCGGUGUUUCCUCCGAGGCCCUCUGACUCUGUGUUCUGUCGGCACCAUGAGAGGGUCAGUGGAGACUACAGACAUCCUGGUUAUAUGGUACAGGAGAUGCCUCCACAGAGUCCUACUAAUAUAUACUACAAGGUCUGA